ACUCCUAAUUCUCAAAAGAAACCCAGAAAGAAAGUUACAAAAAACACUAAAGCUCCUCAACCAAACCAACAUUCCAAUUCCCGUGUUACUUGGACAAUGGAGGAGGAUGUUGCUCUAACAAAGGCGUGGUUGUAUGUAACCCAAGAUGCAAUAACCGGAAGAGAUCAGCCCUCUGAUAGAAUGUGGAAUCGCAUUUGGGGUGUUUGGAGAGACAACAUGGUGAAUCCCGAUGGGCGAGGGUGGAACGCCUUAAAAUGUCACUGGAAAGGGAUACAAACACAAGUGUGCAAGUUCCAUGGUAUCUACGAAAUGUUGGAGAGGCAUCCCCCAAGUGGAAACAAAUUGCAGGACAUAGUAAUGGAAGCUAAGUUUUUGUUUGAGGGAAAUGAUAAAGGACCAUUCAAGUAUGAACAUUGUUGGGAAAUAAUGAAAGCCAACCCAAAAUGGUGUUCUCAACAACUCACCUUAGCUAAUUCUUCAAAGAAAUUGAAGGUACUUGAUGGUGACUCAGUUGACACCGGAACUGCAUCUGUACCUAACAAUGAAGAAGAAUAUCUAGAUGUUGAUGGGGUUGAUCGAGGUCCUGGAAGGAAGAAAGCUAAAGAGAAUGUCCAGAAAAUGCAUGAUCAAAAAGCUGUAGUUGAUAUGCUGAGUAGUUAUAAAAGUACUCUUGAAAAACAACAUGCCAUCAAUCAACAAAAUAUGGAAUGGAGGGAACAAAUGUUUAAAAAAGAUUUUGAAUUGCGAGAAAAAUCUCAGAAAUUGAAAGAAGAGACUCAAAAGAGUAAGCAAAAGGCCUAUAAGCGAAAGGAGCAAGAAAGAAUUUUGAACACUAACCUUGAAAAACUCCAACCUGUACUGCGAAUUGCAUAUGAAAAAAUGCAAGCUCAAAUAUUGAAAGAAUGGGAGAAUGAAGGCUUGUUUGGUGAUGAGGUCAUGAACGGCGGUGCGGAUAUCUCAUCUAUUUGA